AACACUGUCAUUCUUUGUGUCCUUCGCCGGCAGUUACAGGUGGGAAAACGUGCGACGUCGUUUCCAGAAAAGCCAGGACGCUAUCACGCUACGCCACAUCUUAGAAGUCGAUGCUGUUGGACAGAUCGCCGAAAGAAUUUCUCUAAUACAGGUGACGGUUAUAAAUCCCAUCGAAGACAAAGAAAAGAAAAUAUGGGCGAAAGUUCUAAGACAUACGAAGUUUAACUAGUAUAAGCCUAUAUCUACAGUUACAUACACAUAUUUUGAAAUGGAGGAAAAAAUGGAUGUAGUGCACGAAAGCAUUGUAGAAGUUAAUCUAGAAGAAAGUGAUUCAAUAAACUUGAAAGAACUUUCUCAGAGCAUUGAAGAAGUAAUAGUGACUCCCGAUAUAUAUUUGUUUUUCACAUCUCCAAUUGACCAAGGUAUACUCAACAAAGAAAAUAAGAACGAAUAUCAGUCAAAAAUUAAUAAUGAUAUUUAUAAUGAAAUACUGCAUGAUAAGAUUGAAUUCUUGAGCACACCAAACUCUUCAAAAAUGAAAGCUUCUUCAUUAAUUUUUGAUGAUAACACUGAUGUUGGUACAGCACAGACUUUAGAAGUAGAUACAAAAUCACUACCCGAUGACAAUUACAAUCAAUAUUUUAAUAACAAUUUGAAAAUGAAUAGUACUGCAGAAGCAAUUUCAUCUACCAAAGACAAGACAAAGAAAGUACAUUUUAGUAAACUUAUAUCAGUUGGUCAUGAACUACAACUGCUACCAAAAGCAGUCGACAGAGAGCAUAAACAUUUCAGUGAUUUGAUACAGAUGUACUGUUAUAAGUGUAAAACAGCCUCAAUGAACUAUAUUGACAAAAAAUGUCAUAUUUGUCAGACAUCCAUGUUAUUUCAAUGCAGAAAUUGUACUUGUCUUUAUAAGAAAUUGAUUAUAGUCCAGAACCAUAUUAAAUAUGAAUGUUACAAGGAAAGAAAAUUCCAAUGCGCAGAUUGUGGAUAUAAAUCUCCAAGCAAGAUUCAACUUGCUAAACAUAUACGAAAUGAGCAUUUAAAUGUGGUGGAACCACAAAAAUCUUUUGAAUGUUUGCAAUGCCAUAGGAAGUACAAAAUAGAAUCAAAUAUGUUAGCUCAUGAAAAAAUAUGUAGUCAAGGAAUGACUAUUCAAUGCAGGCACUGUACAUUUAAAACCAAAUUUAGUCGUAGUCUUGCAAUACACAUGCAAAUGAAACAUUCUGAAUUAAGUAUAGAAAGUCAGCAUCAAUGUCCAGAUUGCGGAAAAAGAUAUAAAUACUUAAAAAGUCUUAAUAGACACAUAAGAAGCUUAUGUGGGGAAAAACUGAAGUUUGAAUGUGAUAAUUGCAAUUACAAAUCAAACAGAAAAUAUUAUCUUGCAAAGCAUAUGCAGGAAGAACAUCCUCAGUUAUUUUUCAAAAGCAAGUUUAUGUAAACUUUGUACAUAAAUUUUUGUUAAAAGAAUUUUACGUCAUAUGACAGUUAUAGUACAAGUUUUUUUUCAGUCAAUGCUUAUCAUAAUAGUGAUAAUUAGUUUUAGUUUGUUCCUACUCUAUAGUGUGGAAGUAUAUAUGCGAAAUUUGAAAAAACUUGAUUCACAAAAUAUCAAACAAAAGAAUAUUUUUUGUUAAUUUGUUUUAUCUUGUUUUUUAUUUUAUACACUUUAUUUGUAUAUUGAUUCGAAAGUGUUUUGAACUAAAUGAUUAAUUUAAUAAGAACAUAAAUAUGUAUUUGUUUUAUACUCAUAAGACAGAAGGUGUUUCCUUCUCUUUGUCUAAGAGACAUCAUUACACCUUAUGUAGAGGUUCUUAAUAAUUUGUAAAAUAUGUUUAUUUUAUUUUUAUUACUAUGACAAUAAAGAACUUUGACCCAAGUAUUAUUUUUAUUUUAGUUAGAAUUGUUAUGAUUCAUAACGUUUAAUAACAUUUUUAUCCAGCCUAAAUCUGUAAUUCGACACAAUAAAUAAUGAGCAUAUCAAUCGAUCUAUUUUACCGGUACGUAUCCAACGAAAUAAAAAAACUAAAUAAAUGCAACGAGUCGAUCAAAAUCUCUUUUCUAAUUUUCUUCGUAAAAUCUUUCAGACGCCGAUAAGCAUCCAUCAUUUCCAGAGGGUAAUCGUCGUCACGAGUCUUGAUGAAUGUACGCCUCGCGCUGGAGCUGCUCCAUCUAGUCUACGAGAUCGGCACACAGGCACGCGUGAAACGCCAUGUAUCCCCGAUGCGCCGAAUGCGAUUACAAAAGCCGCAUAUCAAAGGAUUCGCGAGACAGUCACGCGAGAUAGAGCGAGAUUAAUCCCGAGAACGCGCUGCAGCUUCAAGAUGUCUGCUCUCUAGUGCUGCGAGUGUCGUGAGGAGGAAUUAUGGAUGCUUUAAUUGCUGGCAUUGAUUGCUUGAAUUUUUGCGUUCCCGCAUCGUGUCAUUAGAUUCUAAAUCAGAUGUCUUAACAACGCAACGUCUUUAAUUGGAUACACAAAUUGUAUAGAAAAUUUUGUAAACUGAAGGAGCAGGCAAACAAGGGCGCGGAAGUCAAGAUAUCAACGAUUCUGACCUCGGUGCUUAUAGGGGUUUACGGCCUACAUCCUUAAUAAAAUUUACUGCCUUCAUUCACCAGCCCCAAGUUCAGACGAGUUCUCGUACUCUACACUUUUAUGGAACUUUCUGCGCAAUGUCUUGUUUAAGAUUCUACUAUGCACACUCAAUUUGUGGAAUGUGCUAAAUUUCAUUUUUUUCUUUUGCUUUUAUUAUUAACAUUACUCUAAAACUCAAGUUCUAAUAACUUAUUUUCAUAUGUGAACUAAUAUUGAUUAAUGGAAAGUAUGUUGCAUAUGGGUAUCAUAAAAUUUUCACUCAAUGUACUACAUCUAGAUUUUCAUGUAUUAUUUUACUUUACAGUGAAUAAACUUGGGCUGCUAGCAUCGACUAGUGUUAUGGUAGGAGAAGUAUUCAUCGAUUGGAGCGAAAAGGACAACUUGGUAUACACAGGCACCGAAAGGAUCAAUAAGCCCGAAAUCGAGGAUUUUGCUACAAAGACAGACACCAACUUUUUCAUAACAGACGUUAGAAGUAUAGAUCUUGAAGAUCAUUUCGGUAGUAAGAAGGCAAUACAGGUGUGCUGUUUCCACUGCGACAAAGCGAAGCGAGUGUUUGGAAAAAGAAUGAGCAAAUGCAACGAAUGCGGCACCAUACUUGGAUUCAAGUGCCUAAAAUGCUUCCGAGAAAGGACUUUAAAGACUUGCAAACACGCAAGCGUGUACAGCAGAAUUCUUGACUAUACGUUAUUUACGUAAAAUGUAUACCCUUCACAAUCUAGAAUACUAACGUAAUAGAAUAGCAA